AUGUCCUUUGGAAACACAGAAGGUUGGCACAUGCCCGAAGAAAAAGCCCUCCCAAUCCUGAAAGAGGCCUUUGAAAAGGGCAUCAACACAUGGGAUACGGCGGACAUCUACUCCUUCGGCGAAUCCGAACGAAUCAUCGCCAAAGCCCUGCAGACAUACUCUAUUCCGCGCGAACAAGUCGUCCUCCUAUCGAAAUGUUACGGCGGGCUCCCAGCCCCAGGCGACAUGGACGGACUCUCCGACAUCGAGAAGAUGUCCGCGAUGAUCGCCAACGACGGGAUCAUGGUUAAUCGGAUCGGGCUGUCGCGCAAGCAUAUUUUCGACGCCGUCGAUGCUAGCGUUGGGAGACUUGGGACGUAUCUUGAUGUGCUACAGGUGCAUCGGCUUGAUCGGGAUACGCCCCGUGAGGAGAUUAUGAGGGCAUUGAAUGAUGUUGUGGAGAGUGGGAAGGUUCGGUAUUUGGGUGCUAGUUCGAUGCAUGCCUGGGAGUUCCAGGCGCUGAACAAUAUAGCCGAUAAGAAUGGCUGGCACAAAUUCAUUAGUAUGCAGGAUUACUACUCCCUGCUGCACCGCGAGGAAGAGCGUGAAAUGCACCCUUACUGCCGUGAUGCCGGUGUCGGGAUUAUACCCUGGUCGCCUCUUUCGCGAGGUCUCCUCACGCGCCCUUACAAGGUGACGCAGGACGAGCCGACUAUGCGGCAGGGAACGGAUUUCACCUCGGAGUGGUUGAUGGGGGGGACUACUGAGGCGGAUAUUGCUAUUAUCAAUCGGGUUGAGGAGUUGGCUAUACAGAAGGGAUGUAGUAUGGCGCAGAUUGGAAUUGUGUGGUGCCUUGUCAAGGGGGUCAAUCCUAUUGUUGGAUUGUCGAGUUCCAAGAGGCUCGAUGAGGCAGUGCAGGCUGUGGCCCUAUUUGAGGGUGGGGUUUUGACGGAGGAGGAUGUGAAGUCUUUGGAUGGGCUUUCGAGUGCCAGAGGGGAGGUUCUGCCACAACACAGCAUGGUGCCCCGUCGCAGGUUUAGUCGCCGCGUGAUUGCAAUUGCUGCUGCAAUCGCCCUCUUCCUGCUCUAUACCUGCUCCUCCGGCCAUCGGGAAUGGUACCCUCACUUCACAGCCUCCGACAUCACCCCGGAUCUCGAUGAGAAUGGCGAACCAGCUCCAUUCUGUCCUCCUUUGCCAGGCAUUGAGGAUGUCCUGGUAGUCAUGAAGACCGGAGUGACAGAAUCCCAAGAAAAGGUCCCCAUUCACUUCGGCACCACCCUACGCUGCAUCCCCCACUACGUGAUAUACUCCGAUUUCGAAGAAGAAAUCCAAGGCGUCAAGAUCCACGACGUCCUCCGAAACAUGGACAGCGCCGCAAAAGAGAACCCCGAUUUUGAAUUCUAUAACCGAAUCGUGAAAUACGGCCGCAAAGGGUUAGAACAACAAGACUUCGCCGACGAAGCCAACUCGGCAAUCGGGAAACCCAACAACCCAGGCUGGAAACUGGACAAGUGGAAAUUCCUCCCAAUGGCCCAGGCAUCCCUGCGCUACAAGCCCGACGCCAAAUGGUUCAUCUUCAUCGAAGCAGACACCUACGUCUCCUGGCCCACCAUCCUCACCUGGCUAGCCCGCUUCGACCCCCGCAAACCGCACUACCUCGGCACCGAAACACAAAUCGCAGACGUCAUCUUUGCUCACGGAGGCUCGGGCUUUGCCCUCUCGAACCCGGCUCUCCAGCGCGCUUCAGACGAGUACAGUACCCGCGAGGUCGAGCUGAACGCGUAUACAGACCAGCACUGGGCAGGCGACUGCGUGCUGGGCAAAGUCCUCGCUGACGCAGGCGUCAACCUACACUUUACCUGGCCGAUCCUGCAAAACUCCAAUCUAGGCGAACUGGACGAAUUCACCAUUGACUUCCUUCGUCGUCCGUGGUGUUUCAUCGCCGUGGCAUUCCACCACCUCUCGCCAACCGACAUCGAGAAUCUCUGGAAAUUCGAACAAAAGCGCUGGCGCGAUAAAAACAAACGCCUCCUCCUCCACAGCGACCUCUUCCGUGAAUACCUCUACCAGGAAAUCGCCACCCAGCCCAUCCGCCUAAACUGGGACAACGCCGCAAACGACGACCAACCCUUCGCGAAAACCUUCGAAGACUGCCGGGAAGUCUGCGAGGUCUCGAAAACAUGCGUGCAAUUCUCGUUCCGCGACCAGAAGUGCUUCACGGGCUCCAGGCCGCGGCUAGGCAAUGCAGCGGCGGUAUCUGCGGAUUCGACUUCCGGCUGGAUUGUUCCGCGCAUCUGGGAUCUGAUGGAGAAGACGGGGUAUUGUCGGAAACCCGAGUUUGGGGAUUAA